GUCCACUUCACUUCAACAGCCGCAACCAUGAGCUCAGAUCCGAAAGUGUAGUGUGACUAUUAGCGUCUCAUUGGUCUCGUGCCUAAUCUGAAAAGAUCACCCUGAUCGAACAUAUAAGUCUGACGGCCUGAUUCUACGAUCUUGACUUCAUCUUCAAACUCAACAUCAGUGACGACCAAUCGUCCCCUCCUUACCUCCGAUCGUCAAGUGCCAUUCUCGUACUUUCUGUCAUUGCCACAGCCCAUUCGUCUUGUUCUGUGUGCUAAUGGUUCAAGUCAGUCGAGCAAAAUGAAGUACAUCGUCAUCAAUCUCUUGCUAGCGCUGCUGGCUUUCUGCCUCAACCAAGUCCUCUCUGGAACAAUUGGAUCCGGAGUCGACUUUUCCUCAGUCAAGAGUAGUGGUAAACCAAACUUGGUCAUGGAUCUGAAGAAAGGCAAGGCUACCGACACCGAGAUUCACAAGGCUGCCAUCGCCUUCCUCGAAGAGAUCCAAGGCUCCUCAUCCUGCCAUCAACUCGCCGCCUACACCCUUAUCCAGGUCUGUCAGUCCAUCGAGGGAGCCUCCACCACUAUAGAUCCCUCUCUUUCCAACGCCAAAGAGGAGUACGCAGCCAAGAUGGCGGUCUGCGAGCUCUCGGCCGCUCGUCCCAAGAAUCAGGAUGCAGUCCCGAAGCAGUGCAUGGACUUAAUCCCAACCAAGACUGCAUGUGACACAUCUUCUUCGUCUUCCACAAAGAUAUGCUACCAUCCAUUGUCUCGCGCAAGGAUCACAGCCUGCAUUACCGCCCUUCGAGCUCACCCUCAGUCGUGGACCUCGUACAGCAACGCCGCCCAAAAUGUUGUCAAUACGUGUCAUGCAUCCCGUGUGCACAUGAACCAAGAUGAGAUCAUCAGCAGGCUAACUGCUGUUCUGAAAGCCCAAGUAACAGCAGCACAAGACACCGCCGAUCUCAUCCGAAACAACGGUGAUCAAGUUCUCGGCGAGUUCCAGCGCGUCGAGGAAUCGGUCCAGCAAAUUCGUGCAAGCGUCGACCGUCUGGGCGGUGAAGUUAUGGCUCAGAGCUACAAAAUUUUUGCCAACAUGAACAAUAAUUUCCAGACGCUUUAUGACAGCCUUCUAGCCAACCUGACUAGCGCGAAUGAUCUGGUACUUGCCGGCAAUGCCAAAAAGCUGGCUGCUGCUGAUGAAUGGGCCAUCGCAUUUAACCAGUUUAAUUCCAAAGUAAUGCAAGAUCUCGCCAGCAAUGUCGACGAGGUCCGCACGAGCGUGAAUCACAUCGUAGCGAAUGCACUUUCGGCUGUCGAAUAUGUUCACGAAUCUACGAUCCAGCUGAAAAAUCAAACGAAGGAAUUCAGCAAGCUUAUUAACGAUACUCACAACCAGGUCACAGAUUUCGUCUCUGCCGUCUCGCCGUCGUUCGCCGUCAUUAGAUACAUUCACGACAUCAUUCACUCAACAUGGGUUGAUCGACUGACAUGGUAUAGUUUAGUAUUCAACGUAGUGAUUCUCAUUAUCGUCGUCCCUAAUCUGCUGUGGUACUCCGAAUUCUCUGCGGCGGUGAAAAUGCUGAUUGCACUGAUGAUGGAUAUCGCAUUGUACUCGGUUUUUUGCUGGAGAGAGACACGACCUGGCUAUAAUUUCUUCCGCUGGCUUUUUACGUCUAAGAUUUCCGGCCUCUCAGCAAUCGCCGGGUUCAUGAUCGGUCUUCUGUUUGCCAAGCAUAUCAUCAGAGCUUUCCACAGACUUCUCAAUUCACUACUCCGCCAAUGUUGUGCCCCUGCUCCAGCUCUGAGGGCAAACGACGUAGCAGUUACGAUCCACAACGGCAGACGUACUACUCGUAAGACUAAUCGUUCUUCUCCUAUGACAUCCAAGUCUCCCUUUUCGACUCGUGGCAUUUCCGAGGCGCCUCCUGACAAGGCGGAAUGGGUUUGAAACUCCUCCUAAGUUGUCCACUUUCGAUCGAGUAUUUGAAUAGUUCACUAACUGUUCUUAUAAAGAGCCACAUGGAUACAUUCAUUCUACACAGCAGGCAAAUGAAUAGCAGUAUGCACGGAAAGAUUGCCAGAUGAGAUAUUUCCCUCGUUAGGAAGAUUGAAAUAUUUGCUCGCAGAACAGAAAUUGCAGCCUACAUGGCAACGACUGUCUUCUUCUUCGGGUUAGUUCACACAACUCAAACUACGUAGGAACCAGCAUAUGAAAUACAAUUGGACUCUGG